GCGAGGAUGGAGGGGACGGGAAUGCCAUGGUAACGGGCCUGGGCCUGCCCGCGGCGGGGAUUCCCCCCACAGGAGGCAGAUGCCGGGCGACCGGCCGGAGUCGGGACUGUCAUGAAGAGGGAUUGUCUUUCAAACACUGCGAGUUACUGCGAGCCGAAGUCCUGCGGUGAAGGAGGAGGCAGCAGCAAUGGCUGUGGUAAUGAAGAAGAUUCAUGGAGGCCUACUUAAGAUCAUUCUUCACCCAUUUGGUUCCAAUAUUACAAAACCCAAAGCAUCUGAUGUUCUAACACAACAUUUACUUCAGAGAAAUUUCCCACAUUGGACAUCGUACUUUGUUAAAUACAGUUCUGUGGAAAAUGAUCAGUUUGGACUUUCACAUUUUAACUGGAAUGUUAAAGGAACCAAUUAUCAUGUGCUGAGGACAGGAUGCUUCCCGUAUGUCAAGUACCACUGCUCCAAGGCACCCACAUACAACCUGGAACCACAGAAUAAGUUUUUCACUGCAUUGAAAGUUAUUAAUCUAGGUAUCCCGUGUUUGGCCUAUGGGAUCGGUGCAUGGUUUUUUGUCAGUGUCACUGAGAUUAUUCACACCAGUUCUGGCCCUGUGAACAUCUAUUUUCUCUACCAGGAAGAUACAAGAGCCAAACACUGAAUAUCAUCCUGCGUGCAACUGGUCUUGACUUCAGAGUUUGUGCAAUAAUUGAAAAAAAUAAACUAUUUUUCAGAAUAAA